AUGGCCGAUUGGACAGCAACCAAAAAUGAUUAUAUUAGUGAAAGAAAUUAAAACGAGAAAUUAAAAGCUAAAGUUGAAUCGUAAAAUGAAGAAUUAAAGAAAUUACAAGAAUAGAUUGGUUAAGCUAGAACUUAAGUUGAGGGAUUAUUGCUGCAAAGAGGAAAAAAAUAAGAAGUAUUAGAUAAUCUUGAAUACGUAAAAUAAGUCUAAGUAACAACAGGUUAAAAUAAAUUGGAAGAAUUAAACAGAUAAUUAGAAAGGGCAUUAGCUGAAUAAAAAGCACUUUAACAUGAAUAAAAUGUUGUUUAAGUACCUGAAGUAGCUGAAUUAGUGAUCAAAUCUAAGUAAAGUGAGGUUGACAAUGGAAAAUUAAAAGUAGAAUUUGAAUUAAAGGAAAACUCUUCUCAAAUUGAAGUUCAAGAAUAAUUAUUGGCCAAUAAAAAGUCUGUAUAAUUGAAGGGUUAUGCAAUUCUUGAUUCAACUUUAUAUUAUUUUGACAAGGUUAUAGAAUUAUGGAAGUAAGUUUAAGAGAGAGAAUCUAUCGAAUUAAAUGGACAUGUAUUGACAAUAAUAUAUAAAUGA